AUGAGAAUCCGCAGGUUGUCAACGUGGAUUGGUGUUGACGACUACACGAAACCGAAGCUGCUCAGAUACGCAUUGAUGAGUGAAGCUGGGACGGAAUAUGUCCAACACAUUGAAUGUUUACAAACUCCCCAAUCAGGUAUGCGCACCUCAGCUCGAAAAACCUGGAGUAUCCCCCCUCAGAGUGCCUUACGUAAGAACGGCUGGAGGGAAGCAACUUGCAUUAAUGGUCUUGUCCACCGCGGUGUAAUCAUGGGUACUGAGAACUCGACAUGUCUCAGAAAGCGUUCAGCUGUUAUUUCGGAUAGAUACUACUCUGGUGAGAACCGGGCCUCGCUACCGGAGGCUCUAGCUCCCUCAAGCGGAGUGGGCCCGAAAAAACCGACAGCUCCAGCUUUACCGGGCCGGUGCAUUGCCGUCAAUUGA